CGCCCAGUCGCCAGCUCUGCGCCUCAGGAAAAACACCUAUAUCGGUUGUAACGAAAAGUAUAGCAUCACUGGGAAAAUAUACCUUCUGCAUUAACGUAUGAAUACGUUAAGACUCUGUUGUGGUAAGAUAACAUGGGAGAACGCCUGGGAACCUAACACACACCUCAAAGUAUAACUACCCAUAUGUGACUAUAAAAAUAGUCUGGUUUUAAGCACAAACACAAAUACAGUUGCUAACUCCGGCGAGGGGUGGGCGGCGGGGUAUAAAGGGGAGCGCUGCUCACCCCCCACUCACUCGCCAACUUGGAGGAGGACGAUUUUCUUCAUUUUUAGAGUAGAAAGAGCAACGAUGUGCGACGAAGAUUUAGCAGCCUUGGUUGUGGAUAAUGGAUCAGGCGUCGUCAAGGCUGGCUUCGCCGGUGACGACGCUCCCCGAGCUGUCUUCCCCUCCAUCGUCGGCCGCCCUAGACACCAGGGUGUGAUGGUCGGCAUGGGUCAGAAGGACGCAUACGUCGGCGACGAAGCUCAGGCCAAGCGAGGUAUCCUGACUUUAAAAUAUCCUGUUGAACACGGCAUCAUCACCAACUGGGACGACAUGGAGAAGAUUUGGCACCACACCUUUUACAACGAGCUCCGCGUCGCCCCUGAGGAGUCUCCCGUUCUUCUCACAGAGGCCCCCCUCAACCCCAAGGUCAACCGAGAAAAUAUGACAAGAAUUAUGUUCGAGACAUUUAAUGUCCCGGCCUCGUACAUCGCUAUUCAAGCGAUCUUGUCCCUUUACGCUUCUGGGCGUACUACUGGUAUCGUCCUGGAUUCUGGUGACGGAGUCACUCACACCUGUCCAAUAUUUGAAGGUUACGUACUCCCACACGCAAUGUACCGCCUUGACAUGGCUGGCCGCGACCUUACCAGCUACCUAAGCAAAAUCUUAACAGAGCGUGGCUACUCCUUCUCCACGACCGCUGAAGGGGAGAUCGUCCGUGACAUUAAAGAGAAACUAUGUUAUGUUGCUCUUGACUUUGAAAAUGAAAUGGAAAUUUCUAAAACAUCUCUGACUUUGGAGAAGGCUUAUGAGCUCCCUGACGGGCAGAUAAUAACUAUUGGCAACGAAAGAUUCCGCUGCCCUGAGGCAGCAUUCCAACCCGCCUUCCUGGGCAUGGAAUGUGUCGGUUUACAUGAACUGGUUCACCAGUCCAUUAUGCGAUGCGACAUAGACAUCCGAAAAGACCUCUUUGCCAACAUUGUCAUGUCUGGUGGGACCAGCAUGUAUCCUGGAAUACCCGAUCGAAUGCAAAAGGAAAUUACAUUCCUUGCUCCCUCAACUAUAAAUGUUAAAAUUGUUGCUCCUCCAGAAAGAAAGUAUUCCGUCUGGAUAGGAGGCUCCAUUCUCAGCUCCCUGUCUACCUUCCAGCACUUCUGGAUAACCAAGUCAGAGUAUGAAGAAUUCGGGCCUGGAAUUAUCCACCGAAAAUGUUAUUAAUUAGUAUUAUCAAUAUAACUAUAUUAUAUUAUUAUUUUUAUUAAAUGAGUAUAUUUUUGUGGGAA